AUGGAUGUCCUGGGAAAGCAGACGGGGGAGGGGGGGGGGCUGGAGGCCAGGGCAGCCUGGGGAGGCGUCUCUGUGCUCUCUCUGAGAGUGCUAACAAGCCUUUAUUUCUACCCUUGCAGUGAGGAGACCCGAGAGGCCCUGGAAGCGGCCCUGAGGCAGCUGAGAUGCACCUUUACAUGGGGGCUGUUCAAGGAAGAGAAGGACAUGGAGAGCUUGGAGGAGAAGGUCAUCAAUGAUGUCGGGUUCCUCUGCCUUCAGUCAAAAGCCUCUGGGUACAACCUCCUGGCCUACCUGAAGCACCUGAAGGGGCAGGACCAGGACGCCCUGAGCUGCCUCCAGCAAGCAGAAGAGCUGACCCAGCAGGAGCACCCGGGCCAGGCUGACAUCCGGAACCUGGUCACCUGGGGCAACUACGCCUGGCUCUACUACCGCAUGGGCCAGCUGGAGGAGGCCCGGGCCUACCUGGACAAGGUGGCAGAGACGUGCACGAAGUUUGGGAGCCCGUACAGGAUGGACUGCCCCGAGAUAGACUGUGAGGAAGGCUGGGCCAGGCUCAAGUGCGGCAAGCUGUAUGCAGGGCACUCCAAGGCCUGCUUCCAGAGGGCUCUGGAAGACGAGCCGGACAACGUAGAGCUCCGGGUGGGCUUGGCCAUCGCGGCCUACUGUGAGUAUGUUGUUGGCAAGUUCCAGAAGAGUCCCUUGUCCGAGCUCCUGAGGCAGACCAUUGAGCUGGACCCUGACAACCAUUACCUGAAAGCCCUUCAGGCCUUGAACCUCCAGAGGAGGAAUGAUAAGGCCAGAGGAGAGAAGAUGAUGGAAGAAGUCUUGGAAAAAGCCCAGGGUCCGGAGCUAUUCCAGACCGCCGGCCAAUUUUACCGGCACCAAAAUAACCUGGAAAAAGCCCUCGCCCUGUUUAAGAAGGCCUUGGAGCUCCAGCCCGCCUCCGCCACUCUCUGCCACCAGAUUGGGUGCUGUUAUCGGAACCUGGCCAGCAAGCUCCUGUACAAGGAGGAAGUGGGGGAGCUGAGGGAGCCUGCGCUCCGAGAGAAGGUGACGGAGCUCAGGGAGCAGGCCCUCGAGUACCUGCAGAAAGCCGUGGAUCUGAAGGGCUGCUACUGGAACAUGCACACAGACCUUGCGGCCAUGCAUGCCAUGCUGGGCCACUAUGAGGAGGCCGAAGCCAUCUUCCGGAAAGUGUUCUGUUCCGAGCGGCUCACGGACAAGGAGAGGCAGCAACUCUACCAGCGCUACGGCAACUUCCAGGAGUAUUUCCUGGGCCAGGAGGACAGUGCCAUCCACCACUACAUCGAAGGUCUGAAAAUACAAGAAGACACCGUCGAGUUGCAGAAAAUGAAAUCCAGACUGCAAAUAGUGGCCAAGAAGCGGCUGUCCCAAAACCCAUCGUCCCCGCAGGGCUGGAGGCUGCUGGGCUUCCUGGCCAAGCUGAAUGGAGACGAGGCCCUCGCCAUGGAGUACUACGAGAAAGCACUGGGCGGCUGGCUCCAAUGCUCUGUCACAGGGGUUGGAAGUCUCUUUCCCAUUCCUUCCCCUUCUGAGGCCAAGGCUACCUGUGAAGACAGAGCGGAGCGCCCAGGAGGCCAUCCGUUCCCCUGGUCCAGUCAUGGCGCCGCUCCUGUGCUCAACGGGGAGAACAACUCGGAGUAA